AUGUGGGGAUCAUCGGUCAACGAGCAAAAGCUCACCCGGGCAGAUACCAGCAACGCCCCCGCAAACCAAUGGCAUCGUGGGGACAACGAACCGGAUGCUGGUCGACUCCACGAACCAUUGCACCCAACCGAAGAAGUCGAGAGCGAUGAGGACAAUCGCACUACAGCCGGAACAUGGGGAGAGCGCGAUGUGGGCGGUUUCAGCGAGGAAGAUGCUAUGCAGAACUAUGAGGCCCUGCGAAGAGAUCUAACUCAGCUGGAAAAGACGCGAUCGAAGGAUACGCAAGCCAACUCGCUCCGACGGACUGUGACUGGCGCCAGUGGGAAAAGCAAGAGACAACAGUCUCGACCAUCCAGCAGACCUCGCAGUCGUACUGAAGAGCAACGGGGCCAAGAAGCAGAGGAGAAGGACGAGCUUGGCGAUGUCGAAGCUGGUCGACCAGAAGAGGAUGAAGGUGAAUUCGAAUUGGAUCAAUUCAUGAGAGGCGGUCAUUUCGAGAAGCGAUCGGAGAAUGGUGCAACGAAGAGAGUUGGUGUGAUCUUCAAAGACCUCACGGUAAAAGGUCUGGGAUCGACAACUGCGUUCGUCAGGACGCUUCCAGAUGCGAUCAUUGGAACUUUUGGUCCAGAUCUCUACCACAUCAUUUCACGGUUCAUCCCUGCGCUCGCACGUCGGAAAGGCGAGACCAGAACGCUGCUCAAUGGCUUUACUGGUUGUGUGCGCGACGGAGAGAUGAUGCUCGUGCUGGGACGACCAGGUUCUGGAUGUUCGACUUUCCUCAAGACGAUCGCCAACAACCGUGAGGGCUACGCUGAAGUUUCUGGCGAGGUCUCAUACGGUGGUAUCGCAGCAGACAAGCAGAAGAAGAUGUAUCGCGGCGAGGUCAACUACAACCAGGAGGACGAUGUCCAUUUCGCCUCCCUCAACGUGUGGCAGACCUUCACCUUUGCCCUCAUGAACAAGACGAAGAAGAAGGCUCGUGAGGACAUUCCAAUCAUUGCGAACGCGCUUCUCAGGAUGUUUGGAAUCUCGCAUACCAAGUACACCCUCGUUGGAGACGAAUACACCCGAGGUGUGUCUGGUGGUGAGCGAAAGCGAGUCUCCAUUGCAGAGACAUUGGCAUCAAAGUCAACAGUUAUUUGCUGGGAUAACAGCACUCGCGGUCUCGAUGCAUCGACUGCCCUGGACUAUGCUCGGAGUCUACGCAUCAUGACUGACGUUUCCAACCGCACGACUUUGGUGACCCUUUACCAAGCUGGUGAGGGCAUCUAUGAGCUUAUGGACAAAGUCUUGGUCAUCGACGAAGGACGACAGAUCUAUUUAGGCCGAGCAAACGAGGCGAAACAGUACUUCUUCGACCUUGGCUAUCAGUGCCCCGAGAGGCAGACCACAGCCGACUUCUUGACCGCUAUCACCGAUCCAGUCGAGCGCCGUUUCCGACCUGGCUUCGAGGACAGUGCACCAAAGACUCCUGAGGAUCUCGAGCGUACAUUCCGUCAAUCACCCAGCUACCAAAAGGUCUUGGACGAUAUCUCCCACUACGAGAGAUACCUGAAGGAGUCCAACUACGAAGAUGCUCAACGCUUCGAGACCGCCGUGCAAGAAGGCAAGUCGAAACGUGUGCCAAAGAAGUCUCCAUACACCGUCUCUUUCCCACGCCAGGUCAUGGCCUGCACGAAGCGCGAGUUCUGGCUGCUCUUCGGCGAUACCACAACUCUAUGGACCAAGGUCUUCAUCAUCAUCUCGAACGGUCUCAUCGUUGGCUCUCUCUUCUAUGGUCAAACGGAAGAAACUGCGGGCACUUUCUCUCGCGGCGGUGCCCUCUUCUUCUCGAUUCUCUUCCUGGGAUGGCUUCAGCUUACGGAACUCAUGAAGGCCGUCAGCGGUCGAGCUGUGGUUGCCAGACACAAGGACUACGCCUUCUACCACCCCUCAGCCGUCUCUAUGGCUCGUGUCAUCGCUGACGCGCCAGUCAUACUGGUGCAAGUCAUACUCUUUGGCAUCAUCAUGUACUUCAUGUGCAACCUGACUAUCACCGCCGGCCGCUUCUUCAUCUACAUGCUGUUCGUGUACAUCACAACCAUCAUGUUGACAGCACUCUACCGCAUGUUCGCAUCCGUCUCGCCUGAGAUUGACACGGCCGUUCGGUUCUCUGGUAUCGCCCUGAACUUGCUCGUCAUCUACACCGGAUACGUGAUCACCAAGACCCAGCUUUUGGGUGACUACAUCUGGUUCGGCUGGAUUUUCUGGAUCAAUCCGAUUGCAUACGCUUUCGAGGCUGUCCUGACGAAUGAGUUCUCCGGCCGAACUAUGCAGUGCUCUGAGUCUCAGCUGGUUCCGCAGGGCCCUGGUGCCGACCCCAGGUACCAGGGAUGUGCUAUUGCUGGAGCCGCCAUCAACGCCCACCAGGUUUCUGGAGAAGCCUACGUAGAGGCAAUGUACAAUUACAGCAGAUCUAACCUGUGGCGCGACUUUGGGGUGCUGAUUGCGUGGACUGUGCUUUACUUGCUGGUGACGCUGCUUUUUACCGAGCUUUUCUCCUUCGCUACGACCGGAGGCGGCGCCCUCGUUUUCAAGAAGACCAAGCGAGCGAAGAAGGCUGUCCAAGCUGCUCCACCGGGCGAUGAGGAGAAGGCUGGUGCUACUGAAGACAGUUCGAGCUCAACCAAGAAGGAGGCCGGUCUAGGUGCUACUUCAUCUGGCGAAGACAAGGAACAAGAGGCUUUGGACCAACUCACCAAGAGUGACAGUAUCUUCACCUGGCGAAACGUCGAAUACACUGUGCCUUAUCUCGGUGGCGAGCGAAAACUGCUCAACAAUGUCAACGGCUACGCUAAGCCUGGAGUUAUGGUGGCUUUGAUGGGUGCAUCUGGCGCGGGAAAGACCACGCUUCUCAACACGCUCGCUCAACGACAAACGAUGGGUGUUGUAUCCGGAGAGAUGUUCGUCGACGGCCGCGCGCUGGGACCCGAGUUCCAACGUAACACUGGCUUCUGUUUGCAAGGCGAUCUUCAUGACGGCACUGCAACCAUUCGAGAGGCUCUGGAGUUUUCUGCAAUCCUUCGUCAAGAUUCCAGCGUCCCUCGAUCUGAGAAGCUGGCAUACGUGGACAAGAUCAUUGAUCUUCUCGAGUUGAACGACCUGCAAGACGCCAUCAUUAUGAGUCUCGGCGUCGAGCAGCGCAAGCGUCUCACCAUCGGUGUAGAACUUGCUGCCAAGCCGUCAUUGCUUCUCUUCCUCGACGAGCCAACUUCUGGGUUGGACUCCCAGAGCGCCUACUCGAUCGUCCGUUUCUUGAAGAAGCUCGCCCACGCGGGUCAAGCCAUCGUCUGUACCAUUCAUCAGCCUUCCAGUGUGCUCAUCCAGCAAUUCGACAUGAUCCUUGCUCUCAACCCCGGUGGCAACACUUUUUACUUUGGACCUGUUGGAGAAAAUGGCAAGGACGUGAUCAACUACUUCUCCGAGCGAGGAGUGCAGUGCCCGCCCGAGAAGAACGUGGCAGAGUUCAUUCUCGAGACUGCAGCUCGACCACACAGACGCGAGGACGGCACCAAGAUCGAUUGGAACGAGGAGUGGAGGAAAUCGCAACAAGCCGAAGAUGUCAUUCAGGAAAUCGAGGGUCUCAAACUCACUCGCAGUCGCACGGUCCCGGAGGAUGUGCGGAGAGAACAGCAGAAAGAGUUUGCCGCUGGUGUCGUACUCCAGUGCACCGAGCUGCUCAAGCGUACCUUCAAGCAGUACUGGCGGGACCCGUCCUACAUCUACGGCAAGCUCUUCGUAUCGGUCAUCAUCGGUAUCUUCAACGGCUUCACCUUCUGGCAACUCGGCAGCACCGUUCAAGACAUGCAGAACCGCAUGUUCACGGCCUUCUUGAUCAUCACCAUCCCACCUACGGUCGUCAACGCCGUCGUGCCCAAGUUCUUCACCAACAUGGCGCUUUGGCAGGCUAGAGAGUACCCAUCUCGUAUAUACGGCUGGUUCGCUUUCUGCACUGCGCAGACUGUUGCUGAGAUCCCGCCAGCGAUCAUCUCGGCCGUCAUCUACUGGGUUCUGUGGUACUGGCCAACGGGACUGCCAUCCGAGAGUUCCGUCUCAGGCUACGUCUUCCUGAUGACUAUGCUGUUCUUCCUGUUCCAAGCCAGCUGGGGCCAGUGGAUCUGUGCCUUCGCACCGUCCUUCACCGUCAUCUCCAACGUCCUGCCCUUCUUCUUCGUCAUGUUCUCCCUCUUCAACGGCGUCGUCAGACCCUACAGCAUGCUGCCCGUCUUCUGGCGCUACUGGAUGUACUGGGUCAACCCAGCGACUUACUGGAUCGGUGGCGUGCUCGCCGCAACGCUCGACGGCAUCCCCGUGACAUGUACGUCGAACGAAGCCGCCCACUUCGACGCUCCUCCAGGCCAGACUUGCUCUUCGUACGCCGGCGCAUUCGCUCAGUCGGCCGGCGGCUACCUCCUCAACCCCGACGCCUCGCAGGAUUGCCAGUACUGCCAAUACACGAUCGGCAACCAGUACCUCUCGACGCUCAACAUCGACGCCUCCGACAAGUGGAGAGACUUCGGCAUCUUCCUUGUCUUUGUCUUUACGAAUUACUUCUUGGUCUACUUCUUCAUCUGGAGCGUCCGCGUCAAGGGCUGGGCGUUCGGCUUCGACUACAUCUUUGGCUUCUUGGGCAACUUGGUGGGCUUCGUCAAGAAGCCUAUCGAUCGUUUCAUGAGCAAGAAGAAGGCGUAG